AUGGCUUCUCUUACAAAUAAUUCAUUUCUCACUCUAUCCAUAAUAGCAUCACUUCUUUUCAGCUGCAGCAAUGCACAGCUCUCGCCGAAUUUCUACGCUUCCACAUGCCCUAAUCUGCAACUCAUAGUGCGGAACGCUAUGAGAGAAGCCAUCACUCAAGAACUCAGGAUCGGUGCAUCCAUCCUCCGUCUGUUCUUCCACGAUUGCUUCGUUAAUGGUUGUGACGGAUCGUUGUUGCUAGACGACACAGCCACAUUCACUGGGGAAAAGAAUGCGUUUCCGAACCGGAAUUCGGUGAGAGGUUAUGAAUUGAUCGACACUAUCAAGACUCGUGUGGAAGCUGCUUGCAGCGCCACGGUUUCUUGUGCGGAUAUUGUGGCCUUGGCUGCAAGAGAUGGAGUAGGCUUGAUGGGAGGGCCCACAUGGACGGUCCCCGUCGGAAGAAGGGACGCGAGAACCGCCAGCCUGAGCGGCGCGAACUCCGAAAUCCCAGGAUUCGUUGGUCAGGUUUUACAGCAGUAA